CAAUGUUUUGUGGCAACUGGUGAGCCUGGAGGGGCACGUCGUCGUCGUCGCCGCCGCCGUGCUGCUGAUAACGUAAACAAAAUGAUUUCAAGCGUACAAUAAUAAAAUUUGAGUUAAGCACUUCGAACGGCUGUCCGUCGGUUUUCGGCAUCCGCAAUAUUCAAAUUCUUCGUCUGAAUCGUGAGUCGUAGGGAAGUUUUCACAUCUAGUGAACCCUUUUAUUUUCGUCCGUUUUUUUCCUUUUCCUUUUCACUAGUGGUGGUGGUGGUGGUGGCGAUCGACCCGCCUAUUCACCGAAUCCUGUUUGUCGUACUAAAGGUGUCAUCGAGACAUUGACACCGUGUCCACUCCCUGGAUACAUGUGCGUGUACACCCUUGCAACAUCGUCCCAACGAAUCGACAGAUGACGGUUUGAUGACAUGACUGAAGAAAAUUGGACUCAUGUCAGCGACAGAAAGAGAUAUGGAAUCGCCAUUCAUAACUAUCUUCAAAGUGGACCACAUCGUAUCAAACUUUUGGCUGGUGAAUGUGUUCACGUACUGGAAGAAAGUGCUGAAUGGUAUUACGGGUUUACUUUUAAGAAUAAAUCAACCCACGGAAUAUUUCCUAAAAAAUUUGUUCAUAUCAUGGAUAAUGUCGUGGAAAAAUUUGGGCCAGCUGAGUUGACAGUUUUAAAACAACCACAAAUUGUACAUGAAUUAACCAGCGUUAUCCGAGAGUGGGGUGCCAUAUGGAAACAAUUAUACAUAUCUCACAACUCAAAUUUUAAAAAUGUAAAAAAUAAAAUGUACGAAUUAAUAAACUUUAGAAGUAAAAUAUUAUCUGGUACACUUCCAGUAGACGAGCUAAAAGAAGUACAAAGACUGGCUACGUCUACCAUAGAUAUUGGAAACAAAUUAUUAGGACUAGAUAUGGUAGUUAGGGAUGAACAGGGUAAUAUUUUAAAUCCAUUACAUACACCAACCAUCCAACUAUACAAACACCACGAAAUUGCCACAGAGCGCAUCCAAAAUUCUCAUACUGCUGGAGUAUAUAAAAAGUCAAUACAGCAAAUCAACUAUUUGUAUAACUAUACUGUGUAUUUAUCUGUACACAAUUUUAUGUGUAAAAUGAUGGAUGAUGCUGAACUGCUAUUAACAUUAUAUGAUGCGAAAAGUGGUAAAUCGUUUUCUGAAAAUUUUGCUAUACGAUGGGCUACCAAUAAAAUGGACCAAGGAUGGUCACAGACUGAUAUUUUUCAUAAUUUCAGAGCUUUAUUCACAGACUUAGGAACCAGAGAUCUAACUCGAGAAAAAGUAUACUUAGUAUGUUAUAUAAUAAGAAUUGGUGGUAUGGAUAAUGAUAGUAACAGUAAAAAGAGUUGGGCUACAACACAAAUCCGUAGACCAUGGGGUGUUGCUGCUAUGGAUCUAACUUUAUAUUUUACUCAAAAAUUGGAGAGUGAUGAAGACAAGCAUCAUUUUAUGCCAUUUUUACCAUGUGAAAAGGAUAACCUAGAAAAUACCCUAAAGAGAUAUUUAAAUCUCAGAGACUAUUCUCAUAAAGAACACAAAGGUCAAGGAUUGUAUGUUAGUUUUAAACUACUUCACGGGGAUAUUAAACAAGUGCGUGAAGAAUGUCCACAUUUAGUACUCGGUAAUGUUGCCUUGGUGAGAAAAAUGGGCUUCCCAGAAGUUAUAUUACCCGGCGAUGUAAGAAAUGAUCUUUACUUAAUGUUGGUAAAUGGAGAGUUUUCGAGAGGAAGUUUGUCUUCAUCAGACAAAAAUAUUCAAGUUACUGUUACUGCAUGUAAUGAAAAAGGUGUUAAGUUACUAGGUGUAAUCAUGCUGGGUGGUGACUCUGAACCACUUUCAGAUUUUAAUUCUGUUGUUUAUUAUCAUGAAGAUAAACCUCGCUGGUAUGAAAUUGUAAAAUUAGCCAUACCUAUAGAGGAUUUUAAAGGUAGUCAUUUGAAGUUUAUGUUCAAACAUAGAUCAUCCAAUGAAACUAAAGAUAAAAAUGAAAAGCCAUUUGCACUGUCAUUUGUUAAACUAAUGCAAGAUAAUGGCACUACUUUGAGAGACACAUCACAUGAGUUAUUGGUGUACAAAAUUGAUCAUAAAAAAUUUGAUUACAUGGACAUAUCGUAUCUAAGUCUUGCUUCAAGGAAAAAUGAAUUAACAGAAACAAAUAAUCAUAUAUCUGUACCUGGUUUAUCCUUGGCUAAUAAAGAUAUAUUCAUAAUACAGUCAAAUAUUUGCUCAACAAAACUAACACAAAAUGUUGAUCUCUUGGGUUUGUUGAAUUGGACGAGUCACCCUGACAAAUUACGUACGAGUUUAUCUGCUUUAAUGAUAGUUGAUGGCGAAGAAGUAGUUAAGUUCCUGCAAGAUGUUUUAGACGCAUUAUUCAACAUUCUCAUGCAUAAUUCUGAUUCUGAUCUCUUUGACAAUAUGGUUUUUGAUUGUUUGUUGUAUAUUAUUGGAUUAGUUUCUGAUAGAAAAUAUCAGCACUUUCAACCAGUUCUAGAUUUAUAUAUUAAAGAAAGCUUUUCUGCAACAUUGGCCUAUAAUAAAUUGAUAGUAGUUUUAAAGUUCCAUUUAAGUAACUUGGAACAAACUGACAAAGAUCUUCUUUUAAAAAUAAUGAAAUCAUUCAAGUAUAUCAUGAAGUUUAUUGCUAGAUCACGUUUUUUGUUUUCUCAAUUAUAUGAAGGCAAAGGACAACAAACUUUUGAAAUGUCCAUGUACGAAAUGUUGAAGUUGAUAUCCAAUUUAAUGUGUAGUAACUCAGAUUCAACAUUAUUUUUACAAGGAGCAUGUCUUAAAUAUAUUCCUCAUUCAAUUCCUGACAUAAUGACUGUCUUUAGUACUACACAAUUAAGUACAUUACUGGUGGAACUCAUUGGUAACUUACCCCCAUCCAGACUAGUGAAACAAAAGUUGAUUACCAUGAGUGAUAUAGUUCAUAGCCAACUUUUUUUAAACUCAGAUUGCCGUGCCAUAUUACUCCCAUCUAUUCUUGCAAGAAUUAAAGAGCUUUUAGAGUCUUCUGACGAGGCGAAAACUAGCAUCGAGUUUCGAAACAAAACAAAAUCAGUAGCAAAAAUUGCCAAAGUGCUGGGAGAAAAUGGCCGCAAGUUACUAGAUUCUCCUGAUAUGAGUGAUCAAGUGGAAAUGUGUGUAAAACUGUUAGGCGAUAUUAUGGAUUUGCUGUAUGUAGCUGACACGGGAUCGACAUUUCGUGAUAUCACCGAAAUUAUGCUUACUGUCAUGCGUACGGUCAUCCAAACCACCAUAGCGAUGAAUCGCGAAGGGACAUUAGUGGGCUAUCUCGUGUCUAUCAUGAUAUCGACGUUACGCCAGAUGACCGCCGAACACUUUGACAUAUACAUCAAAAACUUUCCUACAAAAAUUGACUUGUUAGAUUUCCUCAUGGAAAUACUGCUCGUCUUCAAGGAUCUUGUUAUACGGCCGGUAUUUCCCAAGGAUUGGUGCGAGAUGAUAAUGCUUCAGAACAGUGUAAUAUUGAAGUCAUUGAGAUACUUUUCACACACGAUCCGUGAUUAUUUUUUCAAAGACUUCGAACACCAAGCAUGGAAUAAUUUUUUCCAUUGUGCUGUCACAUUCUUGACUCAGCCAUCUCUUCAGCUAGAACAGUUUUCAUCCAAUAAACGUUGGCGAAUUAUCAGUCGGUACAAGGAUAUGCGCAGAGAAACUGGAUUUGAAAUCCUGAGCAUGUGGUUUAACUUAGGGCAGUACAAAGUAAAUUUCGUUCCUAGUCUGGUGGGCUCUUUCCUAGAAAUGACAUUAACACCUGAAGUCGAGUUGCGCAAAGCCACCAUACCUAUAUUCUUUGAUAUGAUGCAAUGCGAGUUUUAUUCGUGUUUUGAUGGUCAUGCAAACAAACGAGACUCAAGUAACAUCAAAGCCAAAUUCAAUGAAUUUGAAAAUGAAAUGAUUGCCAAACUUGAUCACUUGGUUGAAGGUGGUAAAGGUGAUGAACAAUUCAAAGAACUUUUUGAAUCUAUAAUGUUAAGGAAGUGUGAAAAUCAUUCUACCAUGAGAGACCAAGGUAACCGAUUUGUUAAAAUAGUCACCGGUCUUCUGGAACGAUUACUAGAAUAUAGAGCCGUUAUAAAUGAUGAAAACAAAGAAAAUAGGAUGAACUGUACUGUUAACUUAUUGAAUUUUUAUAUGGAUAUAAAACGACAAGAAAUGUAUAUCAGAUAUGUGAACAAACUGUGUUCUCUUCAUUUAGAAUGUGAUGACUUUGCCGAAGCUGCAUAUACUCUCAGAUUACAUAGUGAAUUACUAUCGUGGUCUAAUGAUCUAUUGCCACCUUUAUUACGGUCUCCAUUAAGAUACCCGACAUGCGACACACAUAGACAAUUAAAGGAAGCUUUAUACCAUGACAUCAUUGAUUAUUUCAACAAAGGAAAAAUGUGGGAAUGUGCUGUGUGCAUGUGUAAAGAACUGGUGAGACAGUGUGAAAGUGAGACAUAUGAUUAUAUACAGCUAAGUUCAUUGUUACAACGUAUGUCAAACUUCUAUGAUAAUAUAAUGAAGCAGCUUAGACCUGAACCAGAGUAUUUUAGAGUUGCAUAUUAUGGCAAAGGUUUUCCUUCAUUCAUACAAAAUAAAGUUUUUAUAUACAGAGGCAAAGAAUAUGAGCGUCUUAGCGAUUUUUCAAAUAGGACACUGAAUCAGUUUCCUAACGCUAUCUUAAUGCAAACACUAUCAAAACCUGGAUCAGAAAUCACUGAAUCUUCUAAUCAAUAUAUUCAAAUUAACAAUGUAGAACCUGUAAUGGAUGAACGGAAAGAACAUUUACUAAGAAAACCGAUCAGCCAGCAAAUACUUAGACAUUAUAGGGUGAAUGAUGUAAAGAGAUUUAAGUUUUCAAGACCAUUUUACCGUGUAGAUCCUAAGGUAAACUCAAAUGAUGAUAAUGAAUUUGCAAAUCUAUGGAUUGAGCGCACAGUUUUAGAUACAACAUAUUCAUUACCUGGCAUAUUACGAUGGUUUCCAGUUAAACAUUUUGAUACGUAUGAAAUAAGCCCACUUAAAAAUGCAAUUGAGACUAUGCAGGAAACAAAUAAGUAUCUAAGAGAGUUGAUAAUUGCACAUCGAAAUGAUUCAACAUUACCAUUGAAUCCUUUAACUAUGAAAUUGAAUGGCAUAUUGGAUGCAGCUGUGAUGGGUGGAGUGACCAAGUACGAAAAAGCAUUUUUUACAUCUGAAUAUUCAGUGAAUCAUGAAGAAGAUGAACAACUUAUUGAAACACUAAAGGAUUUAGUUGCUUCCCAAAUACCAUUAUUAGAUAUUGGUGUAAAAGUACAUAGUGCACGAGCUCCACCGUCCUUGACUCCUUUGCAAUCACGAUUUGAAGACUGUUUUGAAAAAAUGAAAGUGCAUAUUGAAGAAAAUUAUGGCAAAAAAACUUGUGAUAUUAAAUUUGAUGUGAUAAAAAUGAGAAGACAUACAACCGCAGGAAGCCGUUUUAAUGAAAAAAGAUAUUCUGGUUCUAGCAUAGGAUCUACAGAAGGACAAAAUGGUGUAACUAAACAAUCUCUUAUGUCAACAACUUCAUUGUCUUCCAGCUUAGCUAUCUUUGCAGGACCUGUAUUAGUGUCUGGUUCGAAUAAAUUUGGUACUAUUGGGGCGCUCACAAGAAAAGAUAAAAAAGAAAAAAAAAGACGUAAUAGGACUGUAUCAAAAAUGGCAACAACAAAUGAUAGAGAUUUGAGCAUUUCUAGCAACUCUGCUAGCAACAGUCAGUGGUAUGCAGUGCCUGACGCUGAUAAUAUGUCUUUAAGUUCUAUAAACAGUAAUCUCAGUGUAUUUUCUUCUCCUACACCUGUCAUUGAAUUACGGCAAGAGUUGACACCCAAAAGGCCUCUACGCUCAGAAGUGGAAAAAGAGAGGCGCUUAAGUCGGCCCAAUAGUGGUCAAUAUCAAUUUUCAAAGUUACCAUCCAUGAAUAGUCUUAACAGAGAUUCUUUAGUAGCAACAGAUUCAACAGCAAGUGAUGAUGACACUCCUCCCCCAUUACCUGCAAAAACCAGGGAAUCGGAUUAUUCAAACCUUUCAGACAAGGAUAGUAUGGGUCUGCCAGAUUAUUGUAGUCCUAUUAUAAUGAAUAAUAUUAUGUCAGAACAGCCGUUACAAUUAAUCAACUCACAAGAAAACAAUAGACCUCCAACACCUCCUCCCAAGAAACCUCCAAUGAAAGCUCCUGUAUAAAAAAUGUAAAUAAUAUUUAAUUUAUUGCUUUUCCUUUUAUAAAAAAAAAACUAAUGAAGCUGUGACCUAUGAAGAAUGAUUUUAUUAUUUUCGAUAUUUUUUAAUUGAGUUCAUCCAAUUUAAUUAGUAUAACCAUAUAAUAUUUGUAAUAAUGUAAUAUUAUAUUACAAAUUUAAAUCAAUUAUAUUUAUACUAAACAAAGAAUAUAAUAUAUAUCUUUGAUUAUUCACCGAUCAAAUUUUAUUAGUUUAUAUUAAUAUCAGUACAGCCUCAUUUUUUUUCUUUUUGAUCAGUGAAACCUUUUUUUGUUUUGUAUUGAGACCUAUUGGUGCAAUAAUUGUAUUAUGUGCUAAAAAAAAACUAUUCUUUAAUCUCAUUUAUAGAUAUUAUUUGUUUUAAUUUAUUAUAUUCAUAUAUUUGUGUGUUAGUAGAAAAAUGUAUAUAAUAAUAUGUUAGUGAAAAUUAUAUAGAAUAGAAACUUCAUCUUCUUAUUGUUUGUGGAAUGUACUAUCUGAUUUUAUAGACUGCUUUUUCUCUCCUCUUUUGUAAUAUGUAUUAUUUUCAUAUAUGCAUAUUUAUUAUAUGUAUACUGUAUAGUGUGUACACACACAUAUAUAUAUAUAUAUAUUUAUAUCUUUACAUAUUUUAAUAAUAAUUUUAAGUUAAUAGUACUCGAGUUGCUCAAAACAACCUGUUUACAAAAGAACUGUCAGUAAACAUGCAGUUACCAUGUAAAAUAAAAAAAUUACCAGAGCGCAUGUCAAUUAUUUUAUACAGAUUUCACAAUAAAUCCAAUGGCCGUUAUAUUUUUAUAAUAUACCACUAAUAUAUUUAUAUAAAAUUAUAUAUAUUUUUGUAUUCUUUUAGUAAUAACAUGUUCAUUGUUUUUACUACUAUCUAUAUUUUUGUGUUUGUUUUUGUGUUUGUCGAGUGUUUGUGUAUUUUAUACUUAAUAUUAUGUAGUAUUUUUUUUUUAUAUUGACAUGAACAUUAUUUGCAUUUCUAUUAUAUUAUGUAUAUAUAAUAUUGUUCAGUCAUCCAGAUUUACCAAAGGAAUAAAUGUUUUAAGUAUUAUUGUGUGAUUGAUUAAUUUACACCAUAGGUAUUAUUAUUUAUUAUUAUUGUCUACGAAAUAUUAUUAUUUAUAAUACCUAAUAAGUAAUAAUAAUAAAAAUAUUUUACAUAAA